AUGCACAUCAAAUCAUAACCUUUUUUCUUUGUCUCUAAACAAUAUCAAGUAAUAGUAUAUUAUUAAAUUAGAGUCCAGAUUGCUAUCCAAGUAGAUUGGAUAGUAGAAGUUCUUAGGUAGAUGUACUAAAAGUGUUUUAUUUAGAAUAAUUGGUGAGUGAUUUAAGAAAAGAUAAUCAAUAAUUAUUUGAUCAAAUGGAAGAAAUGAGAGUUAAAAACUUUGAUAAAGAACAUGAAUAUAUCAAUUAAUUAAAAGAUUUAUAAGAAUAACUCUUAGAAAUCUAAGCAUUUAAUAAAAAUUAUGAAUAUUAGAUUUAAUUUUUAUAGAUGAAAAUAUCUUAUCUAGAAUAAAAUCAUAGACUUUUUGAUUAAUAAUAAUUAACAAAUAGCACAGGUAAAUAUAUAAAUAAUAUUAGAUUUAUUCAAUUCUAAAUUUCAAUCUGAAAAUGAAGAAUCAAAUUAAUAAAUUAGAAGUCUCAAUAAUAUAUUGGAACAAAAAAAUAUUAUAAUUAAAGAAUAUGAUGAGAUGAAAAAUAAAUUUAAAUUAUCAUAAAUUGAAUAGUCCACUAAAAUUGAACAAUUAAAUAUUGAAAUUCGUAAUCUAAACAAAUAGAUUACUAAAUUAGAACUUUAAUUGAUCAAUCAGUAAAAAUAGGUUUCACUAUAUUAAAAUGAAUCUUAAUUAUGGAGAAGCAAAUUUUUAUAAUUAAAUAAAACUUAUAAUAAAAGUUCAGAAUAAUUGGUUUUAACAAAUGUUGAAUUAGAUACUGCCAAAAAGGAAAUAUAAUAAAUUAAUGAAUUGCGUAAUAAAAGAAGAAGUGUUGGAAGUAUAGUUUGA